AUGGCCGCCACGUGGAUGGCUCAGGCAGGAAUCAAAACCUUGGUUGUUGAGAAGAAGCUUUCGCACACCAAAGUAGGGCAUGCCGACGGGCUAGAAAGUAGGACAUUGGAAAUAUUGGACAGUUUUGGAAUUGGCGCAGCCAUUUGGGCGGAAGCCAAUAGGACAAUUAAGGUUUGUCUAUGGGACCAAUUCGAUGGCCAAAUUCGCAGGACAGACGUCGCGACCAAUCACAAUCAGAGAUUGUCUAGAUAUCAAGAGGCUACGUUGGGACAUGGCAGGGUAGAACAGCACUUUUUGGGGCUUCUACAAAGUCAUAGAAACAUUGAACUCAAGUGGGACACGACUCCAAUCUCCCUGAAAGUUGACUCGGUUAAGCCGGACGAUAUGAGUGCUUACCCUGUCCAACCUGCUAAUCGAUACAAAGCCGAUGUCCGGAAGAGAUGCAUCAUCAAGUCACUUGGAGAAAACAUCAUGAUAAUACCUCGAGAGCGAAUGAUCGUUCGCUUUUACAUUCAGCUAUCCGCUGCCGUUGCUACGAAGUUGGAGGAAAACCGUAACCCAUCGCUGCUGGUUGGCCUUCUGAGAGAGAUCUUUCACCCAUAUACCUUCGCCUCGACCCAUAUUGAAUGGUUAACUAUCUACCGUGUUGGAAGAGGAAUUUGUCGUACUUUCUCACUGCAUGAUAGAAGCUUUCUUGCAGGCGAUUCCCUCCAUACCCACUCUCCAAAGGCUGGCCAAGGAAUGAAUGUCGGCAACAGGAUUCGUACAAUAUUGGGUGGAAGUUAG